AUACACGUGGACCAGGACACGAUGGAUCCCGAGCCGGAGGAUGAAGAGGAGGAGUCACCGUCCGGCGGCAUCCCGUGUAAGAACGCGAAGGGAGAUCGGAUGCUGCUGUUCCUCGGUAUCAUAGACAUCCUGCAACGCUACAAGCUGACCAAGAAGCUGGAGCACACUUGGAAGGCUAUGGUGCACGAUGGGGAUACUGUGUCGGUACAUAGACCCAGCUUUUUCUCACAACGCUUUCAGAACUUCUUGACAACUACAGUGUUUAAGAGGAUCCAACCGCCCA